AUGAGUUCUGACGCCGAGAUGGCCGUUUUUGGGGAGGCAGCUCCAUACCUCCGAAAAUCUGAAAAGGAGCGAAUUGAAGCCCAGAACAGGCCCUUUGAUGCCAAGAAUUCUGUCUUUGUGGUGGACGCUAAGGAGUCCUACGUGAAAAGCACAGUCCAGAGCAGGGAAGGGGGGAAGGUGACAGUGAAGACCGAUGCUGGGGCUACUGUCACGGUUAAGGAAGAUCAAGUCUUCUCCAUGAACCCUCCCAAAUACGACAAGAUUGAGGACAUGGCCAUGAUGACCCACCUGCAUGAGCCCGCUGUGCUGUACAACCUCAAAGAGCGUUACGCAGCCUGGAUGAUCUACACCUACUCGGGCCUCUUCUGCGUCACCGUCAACCCCUACAAGUGGCUGCCGGUGUACAACCCCGAGGUGGUGACGGCCUACCGAGGCAAGAAGCGCCAGGAGGCCCCGCCCCACAUCUUCUCCAUCUCCGACAACGCCUAUCAGUUCAUGCUGACGGAUCGUGAGAACCAGUCGAUCCUGAUUACCGGAGAAUCUGGGGCAGGGAAGACCGUGAACACCAAGCGUGUCAUCCAGUACUUUGCAACAAUUGCAAUUACUGGAGAGAAGAAAAAAGAGGAACCCACCCCUGGCAAAAUGCAGGGGACCCUGGAAGAUCAAAUCAUCAGCGCCAACCCCCUACUGGAGGCCUUUGGCAACGCCAAGACCGUGAGGAACGACAACUCCUCUCGCUUUGGUAAAUUCAUCAGGAUCCAUUUUGGUGCAACAGGCAAACUGGCUUCUGCAGAUAUCGAAACAUAUCUGCUAGAGAAGUCCCGAGUUACCUUCCAGCUACAGGCUGAAAGAAGCUACCACAUAUUUUAUCAAAUCAUGUCCAACAAGAAACCAGAGCUUAUUGAAAUGCUUCUGAUCACCACCAACCCAUAUGACUUUGCCUUUGUCAGUCAAGGUGAAAUCACUGUGCCCAGCAUUGAUGAUCAGGAAGAACUGAUGGCCACAGAUAGUGCUGUGGACAUCCUGGGUUUCAGCUCUGAUGAAAAGGCCGCCAUCUACAAGCUCACGGGUGCUGUGAUGCAUUAUGGGAACAUGAAGUUCAAGCAGAAGCAGCGAGAGGAGCAGGCUGAGCCUGAUGGCACUGAAGUUGCUGACAAGGCAGCCUAUCUCCAGAGUCUGAACUCUGCCGACCUGCUCAAAGCCCUCUGCUACCCCAGGGUCAAGGUCGGCAACGAGUAUGUCACCAAAGGCCAGACUGUGCAGCAGGUGUACAACGCGGUGGGCGCUCUGGCCAAGGCCGUCUACGAGAAGAUGUUCCUGUGGAUGGUCACCCGCAUCAACCAGCAGCUGGACACCAAGCAGCCCAGGCAGUACUUCAUCGGGGUGCUGGACAUCGCCGGCUUCGAGAUCUUUGACUUCAACAGCCUGGAGCAGCUGUGCAUCAACUUCACCAACGAGAAGCUGCAGCAGUUCUUCAACCACCACAUGUUCGUGCUGGAGCAGGAGGAGUACAAGAAGGAGGGCAUCGAGUGGGAGUUCAUCGACUUCGGGAUGGACCUGGCUGCCUGCAUUGAGCUCAUCGAGAAGCCCAUGGGCAUCUUCUCCAUCCUGGAGGAGGAGUGCAUGUUCCCCAAGGCCACAGACACCUCCUUCAAGAACAAGCUGUAUGAACAGCACCUGGGCAAGUCCAACAACUUCCAGAAGCCCAAGCCUGCCAAAGGCAAGGCCGAGGCCCACUUCUCACUGGUGCACUACGCCGGCACCGUGGACUACAACAUUGCUGGCUGGCUGGACAAGAACAAGGACCCGCUGAACGAGACCGUGGUCGGGCUGUACCAGAAGUCUGCAUUGAAGACUCUGGCUCUCCUCUUUGCUGGGGGCCCAAGUGCUGAAGCAGAAGGUGGAGGUGGAAAAAAAGGUGGUAAGAAGAAGGGUUCUUCUUUCCAGACAGUGUCAGCGCUUUUCAGGGAGAAUCUGAACAAGCUGAUGACCAACCUGAGGAGCACACACCCCCACUUCGUGCGCUGCAUCAUCCCCAAUGAGACCAAAACUCCCGGGGCCAUGGAGCAUGAACUGGUCCUGCACCAGCUGCGCUGUAACGGUGUGCUGGAAGGCAUCCGCAUCUGCAGGAAGGGAUUCCCCAGCAGAAUCCUUUAUGCAGACUUCAAACAGAGAUACAAGGUUUUAAAUGCAAGUGCUAUCCCAGAGGGUCAGUUCAUUGACAGUAAGAAGGCUUCUGAGAAACUUCUGGGGUCUAUUGACAUUGACCACACCCAGUACAAAUUCGGUCAUACCAAGGUUUUCUUUAAAGCUGGCCUGUUGGGAACUCUAGAGGAGAUGCGAGAUGAAAAACUGGCCCAACUCAUCACACGCACCCAGGCUGUAUGCAGAGGGUACCUGAUGAGGGUGGAAUUCAAGAAGAUGAUGGAGAGGAGAGAGUCCAUCUUCUGCAUCCAGUACAAUGUCCGCGCUUUCAUGAACGUCAAGCACUGGCCCUGGAUGAAGCUGUAUUUCAAGAUCAAGCCGCUCCUCAAGAGUGCAGAGACUGAGAAGGAGAUGGCCAACAUGAAGGAAGAAUUUGAGAAGACCAAGGAAGAGCUGGCAAAGUCAGAAGCAAAGAGGAAAGAACUUGAAGAGAAGAUGGUAGCUCUGAUGCAAGAGAAAAAUGACUUACAGCUCCAAGUUCAAUCUGAAGCAGAUGGCUUGGCCGAUGCAGAGGAAAGAUGUGACCAGCUGAUCAAAACCAAAAUCCAGCUGGAGGCAAAGAUCAAAGAACUUACGGAGAGAGCAGAGGAUGAGGAGGAGAUCAAUGCCGAGCUGACGGCCAAGAAGAGGAAACUGGAGGACGAGUGUUCAGAGCUCAAGAAAGACAUUGAUGACCUUGAACUGACCCUGGCCAAGGUUGAAAAGGAGAAGCAUGCCACAGAGAACAAGGUGAAAAACCUCACAGAAGAGAUGGCAGGCCUGGACGAAACCAUCGCUAAGCUGACCAAGGAGAAGAAGGCCCUCCAGGAGGCCCACCAGCAGACCCUGGAUGACCUGCAGGCAGAAGAGGACAAGGUCAACACCCUGACCAAAGCUAAAACCAAGCUAGAGCAGCAAGUAGAUGAUCUUGAAGGGUCUCUGGAACAAGAAAAGAAACUCCGCAUGGACCUAGAAAGAGCCAAGAGGAAACUGGAGGGGGACCUAAAAUUGGCCCAGGAGUCCACGAUGGAUGUUGAAAAUGACAAACAGCAACUCGAUGAAAAACUUAAAAAGAAAGAGUUUGAGAUGAGCAAUCUGCAAAGCAAGAUUGAAGAUGAGCAGGCCCUCGCCAUGCAGCUGCAGAAGAAGAUCAAGGAGCUGCAGGCCCGCAUCGAGGAGCUGGAGGAGGAAAUCGAGGCAGAGAGGGCCUCCCGGGCCAAAGCAGAGAAGCAGCGCUCAGACCUCUCCCGGGAACUGGAGGAGAUCAGCGAGCGGCUGGAAGAAGCUGGCGGGGCCACUGGAAAUCUCGAGAAAAUGUGCCGCACACUGGAGGACCAGCUCAGUGAAGUGAAAACAAAGGAAGAGGAGCAACAGCGCCUCAUCAACGAGCUGUCGGCCCAGAAGGCGCGCUUACACACAGAGUCAGGUGAAUUCUCACGACAGCUUGAUGAGAAGGAGGCCCUGGUGUCUCAGCUAUCCCGAGGCAAACAAGCAUUCACACAACAGAUUGAGGAGUUAAAGAGGCAGCUGGAAGAGGAGUCUAAGGCCAAGAACGCGCUGGCCCAUGCCCUGCAAUCAGCCCGCCAUGACUGUGACCUGCUGCGGGAACAGUAUGAGGAGGAGCAGGAGGCCAAGGCUGAACUACAGAGGUCAAUGUCCAAGGCCAACAGCGAGGUGGCCCAGUGGAGGACCAAAUACGAGACGGAUGCCAUCCAGCGCACAGAGGAGCUGGAGGAGGCCAAGAAAAAGCUGGCCCAGAGGCUGCAGGACGCAGAGGAGCACGUGGAGGCCGUGAACUCCAAGUGUGCGUCCCUGGAGAAGACGAAGCAGCGGCUCCAGAAUGAGGUGGAGGACCUCAUGAUUGAUGUGGAGAGAUCAAAUGCAGCCUGUGCGGCCCUGGACAAGAAGCAGAGGAACUUCGACAAGGUGCUGGCAGAGUGGAAACAGAAGUAUGAGGAGACUCAGGCUGAACUUGAGGCUUCCCAGAAGGAGUCCCGCUCUCUCAGCACUGAGCUGUUCAAGGUCAAGAAUGCCUAUGAGGAAUCCCUGGACCACCUGGAAACCCUGAAGCGGGAGAACAAGAACUUGCAGCAGGAGAUUUCUGACCUGACGGAGCAGAUUGCAGAGGGGGGAAAGCAUAUCCAUGAACUGGAGAAAGUAAAGAAACAAAUAGAUCAAGAAAAGAGUGAACUACAGGCUGCCCUGGAGGAAGCAGAGGGAUCUCUUGAGCACGAAGAAGGCAAAAUCCUUCGCAUCCAGCUAGAGUUAAGCCAGGUGAAAUCUGAAAUUGAUCGGAAAAUUGCUGAAAAAGAUGAAGAAAUCGAUCAGCUAAAGAGGAACCACAUCAGAGUGGUGGAGUCGAUGCAGAGCACCCUGGACGCUGAGAUCAGGAGCAGAAACGACGCCCUGCGGAUCAAGAAGAAGAUGGAGGGAGACCUCAACGAAAUGGAAAUCCAGCUGAACCACGCCAACCGCCAGGCCGCAGAAGCAAUAAAGAAUCUUAGAAACACACAAGGAAUACUGAAGGACACUCAGCUACACCUGGAUGAUGCCAUCAGAAGCCAAGAGGACCUGAAGGAGCAGCUGGCCAUGGUGGAGCGCAGGGCCAACCUGCUGCAGGCUGAGAUUGAGGAACUGCGCGCGUCCCUGGAGCAGACGGAGAGGAGCAGGAAAAUCGCAGAACAGGAGCUCCUGGACGCCAGUGAGCGUGUGCAGCUCCUGCACACCCAGAACACCAGCCUAAUCAACACCAAGAAGAAGCUGGAGACAGACAUUUCCCAGAUCCAAGGAGAGAUGGAGGACAUUGUCCAGGAAGCCCGCAACGCAGAAGAGAAGGCCAAGAAGGCCAUCACUGAUGCGGCCAUGAUGGCCGAGGAGCUGAAGAAGGAGCAGGACACCAGCGCCCACCUGGAACGGAUGAAGAAGAACCUGGAGCAGACAGUGAAGGACCUUCAGCAUCGUCUGGACGAGGCCGAGCAGCUGGCCCUGAAGGGCGGGAAGAAGCAGAUCCAGAAGCUGGAGGCCAGGGUGAGGGAGCUUGAAAACGAGGUGGAAAGUGAACAGAAGCGCAAUGUGGAGGCUGUCAAGGGUCUCCGCAAACAUGAGAGAAGAGUAAAGGAACUCACUUACCAGACUGAGGAGGACCGCAAGAAUGUUCUCAGGCUGCAGGACUUGGUAGACAAAUUACAAACCAAAGUCAAAGCUUACAAGAGACAAGCUGAAGAGGCGGAGGAACAAUCCAAUGUCAACCUCGCCAAGUUCCGCAAGCUCCAGCACGAGCUGGAGGAGGCCGAGGAACGGGCUGACAUUGCCGAGUCCCAGGUCAACAAGCUGCGGGUGAAGAGCCGGGAGGUCCACACGAAAAUCAUAAGUGAAGAGUGAUUCAUUCUUAUGCUGAAAGGUGACCAAAGAAAUGCGCAAAAUGUGAAGUUCUUUGUCACUGUCACAUGUCACUGUAAC